AUGUCUGCAUUAUCGGCAGGUAAAACAACAAUGUUAUCACCAACACCGUUAACAAUGAACGUUCGACAAUAUAUUUUCGAAGAACCUAAUACCACCUUCGUACGAUUCGCUGAUGCAGCUAAUUAUGUUCACCCAAAUAAAAAGUUUAACAGUCGAACCUUUGAUAAGGCUAUCAUUGAGUUACUAAUAAAGCUCAACGUAAAGGUCGAUGAACCAUUAACUGAAGAUUUAUUAGAUGAUUUUAUGGAACAUGGCCUUGUUAUUGACAUCAGUAAUGAAUCGGAGGAAAAUAUAGAUGAAUUUAUAAGGCAUACGGCUCACCACGAUACAAUUUUAAAAUGUAAAGCCUCCUUUUAUAAACCACUUCAUCUAGCAGCGGAAAAAGGUGACUUCCAGCUAGUAAAAAAUUUAGCAGCAGCAGGUGCAAAUCUUUUUCAAUCACUAUCUCCUUUGGGUUAUGGAGAAACGCCGUUGGAAAGUGCUAUUAGAGGUGAUAAUCCUGAAAUAGUCAAGUAUUUGAUUGAUCGUGGUGUGAACUUUCGUAACACUAAAGAGGAGGAUGAUUUGGUGUUUUUGGUGCUAGUUUACGCUUUCAGAUUCAAAAGCAGGAAGGUCAUUAAUGCUUAUUUAACCGAAGAUACGGACGUCAGGUACGUGUCCUGGUCUUACGGAUCGCUCAUACACUGCGCAAUUUACAAUGGUGACUUGGAUCUUAUCCAGCGGCUUUUGGAUUUGGGAGCUUACGUAAAUUCUUUGAGCAUUUAUUCGGAAAAGUUCAAAUGGUUCCAUGGGACCUUGACACCUUUGCAGACUGCCAUCGCGAUCAAAAGAGUCGAUAUUGUUAAACUGCUGAUACGCAAUGGUGCUAAUGUUGAUCAUUGGCUACCAGAUCUGCACGAUCAUAAGUCUACCCUUCAAUUUGCUGUGGAUAUAAAUGCUCCUAAUGAUAUGAUUGUUGCGCUCCUUGAUGCUGGGGCUGAUGUCUUUAAUCACUGGGGUGAUUAUAUUCUGCCGUUCAAUUACAAGCAUAGACAUCCUUCAUUUACAAACAUAUUGAAGAAAAUGGCUGUCAAAUUGGACACUGUUGGGUACAAUCUUUUAAAAACUAACAAAGUAGAACGAAUUCUUAAGGAUAAAAAGUUAGAUCAGUUCAAACGGGAGUGCUUUGAAGAAGUUAAAAGGAUGGACAGUACUCAAAUUAAAACUACCAGUGUCACGUACUAUGAGUUGCUGACCAGACAUGUUCAUGACUUAGCAAGAGAUGAGCAUUAUGAUGUUUUAAAGUCUGUGGUUUUAAAUGAAGAUCUAGAAAAGCAGUUUCCGUUGUACGCUGGUAUUAUCCAGACACGCUUUAAAAGUGCUGUUGAAACAAGAGCACAUUUGCCAGAUUUUGAGAAUUUGAUGUUAAGUAUUUUUCCUAAUGCUUCAAUUCCUUUAAUCAACAAAUUAAUACCUUUUAUCUGCGAAGAAGGCUUGGAGGCGUUCAAAUCGAAAGGGCGUUUUGUAUUCCAGGACAUGUUUAAUUUGCCGAACUUUUGA